AUGUAUGAGGCUCCUGUCAGUACAGAGGACAUGUCUGAGGCUCCUGUCAGUACAGAGGACAUGUCUGAGACUCCUGUCCGUACAGAGGACAUGUAUGAGGCUCCUGUCAGUACAGAGGACAUGUCUGAGGCUCCUGUCAGUACAGAGGACAUGUCUGAGGCUCCUGUCCGUACAGAGGACAUGUAUGAGGCUCCUGUCAGUACAGAGGACAUGUCUGAGGCUCCUGUCCGUACAGAGGACAUGUAUGAGGCUCCUGUCAGUACAGAGGACAUGUCUGAGGCUCCUGUCAGUACAGCGGACAUGUCUGAGGCUCCUGUCCAUACAGAGGACAUGUCUGAGGCUCCUGUCCAUACAGAGGACAUGUCUGAGGCUCCUGUCAGUACAGAGGACAUGUCUGAGGCUCCUGUCAGUACAGAGGACAUGUCUGAGGCUCCUGUCAGUACAGAGGACAUGUCUGAGACUCCUGUCAGUACAGAGGACAUGUCUGAGACUCCUGUCCGUACAGAGGAGAUAAAGAAAUUAGGGUAA